AUGAAAGAUUCUCGUUUUAAGUCAAUUUAUGACGGAAACGAAUGUUUGGAAUUCACGAAAUGUUUAGAACUUGUGCUCUCCUUUUUCGCAAAUUACGAUAGUUGCAAAAAGGAAAAAGAAAAUUUAAUGAAAAGAAAAAAAUCAGGGAUGGUACAAAAUGAUUAUGGAAAGUUAAUUAAGAAAAUAGAUGGAAAACGAUAG